GAGUGACGCUACGAAACAAGUUUAUCCCACUUUUGCGUCGCCAAAACUUAAGUGAGAGAAAAGAGAGGAAAAUGCCUGACGAUAUCGUUUUUUAAAACAUUAGUACAGAAAACCACAUUCAGCAUCUGCCGCAGUCUCCACCAAGCUAGCUUGUUCAUACAUUUUGAACAGCGACUUCUGAACAUCAGGAUAACUCCGCGCUGCUUAAAUUAAGGAUAAAUUACAGCGGAACUCUGUAAUGGGUUGGGGAACAGAGCUUUGGGACCAGUACGACGUGCUGGACAAGCACACACAGUCUGGGCUGGACCUGGUGGAGCGGUACGUCAAGUUUGUGAAGGAGAGGACGGAGAUCGAGCAGAACUACGCCAAACAGCUGAGAAACCUGACAAAGAAGUACACUCCCAAACGCGGCAGCAAGGAGGAGCAGGAGUGCCGGUUCGCCAAUCAACAGGCCUUUGUGGAAAUCCUGAACGAGAUGAACGACUACGCCGGCCAGAGGGAGGUCAUCGCCGAGACCAUGAUGCUCUCCAUCUGUCUGGAGCUCACCAAGUACCUGCAGGACCUGAAACAGGAGCGCAAAACUUGCCUAUCGGAGGCUAAGAAGGCCCAGCAGACACUGGAGAGCAGCUGCAAGCACCUUGAUAAUACUAAGAAGCGCUUUGAGAGGGAGUGGCGUGAAGCUGAGAAAGCCAAUCAGAACGCAGAGAAAGCAGACCAGGACACCAACGCCACUAAAGCUGAUGUAGAGAAGGCCAGGAUGCAGGCGCAUGCGCGCACACACACAGCGGAGGAGUGUCGCAACGAUUAUGCCGCUGAGCUGCAGAAGUACAACAAGGAGCAGAACCAGUUCUACUUCACCGACAUUCCACAGAUCUUCAGCAAACUGCAGGAGGUGGAGGAGCAGCGGGUUCGGAAGCUGGCGGAGGGGUACGUGUCUUUUGCUGACACAGAGAAACGUGUCAUGCCCAUCAUUGGGAAAUGCUUGGAGGGCAUCACCAAAGCAGGGAACCACUCCUACAGCCACGCAGAGAACGACUCUGUGCUCCUCAUCGAGCAGCACAAGUCCGGGUUCGAGCGGCCGGGGGACGUGGAGUUUGAGGACUACAGCCACGGCAUCAACCGCGCCUCCUCAGAGAGCAGCCUGGGGACCCUCAAGGGCAAGCCUGCGGACCUGCUUUCCAAGAACAAGGCCAAACUGUGGCCCUUCAGCAAGAAGAAGCUCCCCCCACCCCCACUCACCCCCUUCUCCACACACCUCGACCCCUCGCCAGCUAAUGGACUCCCCGCCCCCAAAUUCAGCCGGGACCCCCUGUCGUACUGCCUGAAGGAGAUCAAUAGGACGGUUAAACCUCGAAUAUCCUCCUUCAGAACGCUGAGGAGAACGCACGCAGUCUCCGAGGACUUUGCCCACCUGCCUCCGGAGCAGCGCAGGAAGAAGCUGCAGCAGAAGAUGGAUGAAAUCAGCAAGGAGCUGCAGAAGGAGGUGGACCAGAGUCAGGCGCUGGAGAAGAUGAAGGAUGUGUAUGAGAAGAAUCCUCAGAUGGGGGAUGCUGGCAGCCUGGAGCCUCAGAUCUCCCAGACGGCCCACAAUGUGGAGAGACUGCAGGGGGAGAUGCACAAAUACGAGUCUUGGCUAAUAGAGGCGGGAGGUCGAGCUGAAAUCCGACAUGGCUUCAGCAACAACAACUCCCACAACACAUCCAGUCCGGGCAGUACUCGCUCUCAUGAGGAAAAGACGGACUCCCCCCAGGCCAUCUACGAAUUUGAUGAUGACUUUGAAGACGAGGAAGCCUUCGCCCCCAUCGGCCAGUGUACAGCGCUCUACAACUUUGAAGGUUCGAGUGAGGGUACGAUCCCCAUGCGGGAGGGCGAGGUGUUUGCGGUGGUGGAGGAGGACAAGGGCGACGGGUGGACACGGGUUCAGAACUCCAGCGGGGACGAGGGCUAUAUCCCCACCUCCUACGUCAGAAUCAGCCCCCGAAUGUAACCGCGCUAGCCAAGAGCUACACACCUGCCUGCCGUGCCUGGGACUGGUGUGUGUGUGUUUCUGUGUGUGUGUCUGCGUGUAUGUGUAUGUGUCUGGGUGUGUGUGCCUGCGUGCGUGCGUGCGUGUGUAC